CAUCUAAGACAGCCAGCCUUGCCAAGCCUCAUACUUGCUGAAUGCUGACAGAGAACCUGAGAAACCGUGAUGGGACACUUAAAUUGGUACAGAUUAAAGAAAAUCUGUUUUGGAAUUCUAAUUAUUUUCUCAAGAGCAGUUUACAUCUUUACAGAAAGAGGUCACAAAGUUUGUUAUAGCUAUGGAUGCUUUGACUCAAGUGAUACUCAACUCUGUGUGACACUGGAUGGUGAUGAAAUCUGCUAUGCAGACUUUAAAAAGGGGACCUUUGUUUGGGACAGCAAAGUACCAACAACUAUUCGUGCUGAAUGGUCUUACGAAUAUGCAGUUUCACAGCAAACUGUGUGUAAGCAGGAUAUAUCCAGAUGGAAACCAGAUGAAUCAGUUACAAGGUCUAAAGAAGCUCCAGAAAUGAUCCUCUAUCCCAGAGAUGAAGUGAUAAAAGAUGAAGACAAUACCCUCAUCUGUUUGAGCAACAACUUCUUUCCUCCUAAAAUCAACAUCAGGUGGACACAGAACAACAAAGAAGUAGCAGAGGGAGAUCCUUUCAUCAAAACUAUAGCUAAUCCCGAUGGGACUUUUCAUGUCUUCUCCUACCUGAACUUUGUUCCAAAACAAGGAGACAUCUACAGCUGCACUGUGGAGCACGAAGCACUGGAGGAGCCUCAGACCAGGUUUUGGGAAGUUGAAACAGAAGAGAUAAGUUGUGGCCCGGCUGUUUUCUGUGGGCUUGGCGUGAGUCUUGGACUUCUAGGAGUUACUGCAGGAACAUUUUUUUAUGUAAAGGGACACUGCAUACAAGACUGUGCUCGUUAAUCUAUCAUGUCUUUAUAUUACUCUGAAUGCAUCAUCCUUGCAAAUCAUAACUGGAUGUAAUUUCCCAGUAUGGGAUAAAUAAAGUACAUCUGACUAAUAAAUUAAGAAAAAUAAAAUUCCUAAACUAUCUUGGAGGAAAAUAUCAAAUUCAGCUUAAUAAUUUUCACAUCUGCCCUUCGUUGUUAGUUUCCUCUGUAGAACUACUCGCUGGUUUUCUUUCCUAAGUGCCAAGUCCUGAUAAUUAUAUGAUGUGAUAGGUGCAUGUAUCUGUAUCAUGUAAUAUACUUAAAAACCACCACUGCAACCAGUUAACCCCAAAUUUGUCUCACAGACAGAAAAGACAGCUCUAUCAUCUUCAUUGUCAUGUGAUUUAUUAUAUUUCAAAAAGUCAUAUUUCUGCAACAUAUACUGUGCAAAUUUCAUACUAUUAGCUAAAAUCAACACCCUUCAAAUGUUUCUGUAAAUGUUUCAUUUUGUUGUAAAAUUGAAGCCAUGUAAACUGACUGUAGUGGAAUUGAUGAUACUAAAUAUCAUUCACUUUAUCCAAAAAGUGUCCCUAUUAUUAUUAUUAUUAUUAUGAUUAUAUUUCUGUGCAUUUUAGGUAUUUUAUCAA